GCGCUGGAGGAGGACGCCGCGGCCACCCAGGCCCGCAUGGACGCCGCCAACGCGCUCAUCUCGGCGCUGGGCGGGGAGGAGGUGCGGUGGACGGCGCAGAGCCGCGCCUUUGACGACCAGAUAUCGCGCCUGACGGGGGACUGCGCGGUGGCGUCCAGCUUUGUCUCCUACCUGGGUCCCUUCAACCGUGAGUUCCGGGAACUGAUGGUGGCGCGGGACUUU